ACCAUAUACCUCCUUCCCACAUAGAGGAGGGAUGCGAGACAGAGGGAGGGGGAAUCCAAAGUCCAUAGUUGAGUAGCAGUUUUUUCCAUUGCUAUCGAAUGCUUCAACUUCUUCUACACAAUCUCCAAUCCAACAAGCAGCGCAUCAAACGGGUUCAUUUCAUUGUCCCCCAAUUCACUCCUUAUCUACCACAUUAUUCUCUGUUCUCCUCCGUUCCUGUUCAUCCUUCGCGUCGAUCUUCUCCAUCAGCUAUAAAACCCACUAACAUCCAUCCAAUUCCGAUUAACUUUCGAGGCAUUGCAAAAGAUGUGAUACCAGAUUGUUCUUAUCUCUUUGAUUGCAGCAGCGGUGAGACUUUGGCCAACUCUUCUCUCAAAUAUUUCAUUUUUAGGCUUUCUUGUAUCUCCCCAGAAACUGUUCGCAGAUUUUGGAGAGUUCAUCCGUUAAAACCUCAAGACGUUCUUGAAAUUCUUCUGGGUUUUCAAUGUGUCUGCAAUAAUAUUUGGCUUGAGGCUGAAAAGAUUGAAUCUUUGUGGGGGAUUUUUAGGCGGGCAAGCCAGCAGAGUAAGGGGUUUGAGCAUCUUUCUCAAUCUUACAAGAUCAUGGCCUCCAUGCUUAUCCGGUCCGGGAUGUUUGAGGAGGUUGAAUGCUUGCUUUCCAUGGCUACAAGUCAGGAAGUUCUCUUCGAUGAUCAUGAAAUUUUCAGUAAUUUGAUUCAAGGGUAUGUGGGUGAGCUCCAUUUGGAGAAGGCUGUUGCAAGUUAUGAUAGAAUGAGGAUUCUAGGCUUAGUCCCAUCAUUGUCAUGCUAUGAACUCCUUCUCAAGUUCUUGAUUCAACUAAAUGUGACCCAACUGGCACCUCAAAUUUUUGCGGAUGCUAUAACUCUAGGUAUGGGAAGGACAGUAGCACAAGGGCACAUUUAUGGGAGUGUUGUUAGGCUUUUGUGUGCAGACGGUAAAGUUCAGGAUGCUAGAAAUCUUGUCAAGAAAGGUCUUACUCUUGGAAUUAAGCCCAGCAACUUAGUUCUCAAUGCAAUGGUGACUGCGUACUGCGAGAAGAGGGAUUAUGAUGACAUACUUAGUUUCUUUGUCGAAGUAAGAUGUAUCCCCGGUGUUCAUGUAGCCAACAAGAUCAUCCAUUCUUUGUGUACAUAUCUUGGUUCACAGUGUGCCAACUCCUUCCGCCUGAGGCUGGAAGAAUUGGGUUUUUGUUCCAACAAAAUUACCCUCGGAAUUUUGAUUGGGUGGAGUUGCCGAGAGGGGAAAAUCAAAGACGCGUUCAUUUAUUUUAAUGAGAUACUGUCAAGACGUCUCAAGCCACAGGUGUAUUCAUAUGACGCUCUUCUGAGCGGGCUCUUCAAGCAGGGCAUGUGGAAGCACUCUCAAGAAAUUCUCUAUGAAAUGAAGGAAACCACAGAUGGGCUCCAACUGUCCACUUUCAUGGUUCUUUUAGCAGGUCUUUGUAAAGCUAGGCAGUUUGAGGAAGUUAAAGCCGUAGUUUUCGAGAUGGCAGACUGUGGUUUCAUCCAACCAACACCUCUGGAAGAUCCACUUAGCAAAGUGUUUACAGUUCUGGGACUUUGUCCCACUGCUGUGAAGAUACGGAGAGACGGUGAGUUGGGAUAUUCUGAGGCAGAAUUUUAUGAUAACCUUGGAAAUGGACUUUAUCUGGACACGGAUCUCGAAAAGUACGAGGCUGCCAUGACAAAAGUACUUGAUGAUGCCAUUCUUCCUGAUUUUAAGUCCCAAAUAUUGAAGAGUAUCCAGAGUAAAAGCAUCAAAGAAACUGUGAUGAUGGUGGGCAAUAUGAUUAAUUGGGGGCAAGAGUUGUGCUUGCCUUUGUUCUCAACAUUAGUCAAAGGUUUUUGUGAAGGCCGUGCGAAUUUGAAGACAGUUAUCCAUCUGUUUGAGGAAAAUCUUAAGUUCUAUCAUCAGCUUGAUCAUGAAACAUUAAAUACUCUAGCUCAGACUUUUGGCAAAAAAGGUUUGGUGCAAAGAGCCAGAAUAAUUGUAAAUGGGAUGCUACUGAGGUGUCAAAAUGUUGAGAAUCGAACACAUACUAUUCUUUUAAUUGGGUUAUGCAACAAGGGUGAUGGAAGAGCUCUAGCCAACUAUUGGCAUGUUGCACAAAAAUACAACUGGUUUCCUGACAUAAAAGAUGGCAAAACUCUUCUCCAUUGCCUAUGCCGACAUGGAUUUCAUGGCAAAGCUAUAGAGCUAUUAGAGGCCAUGCUAGUGCACCACCCUCAUAAGGACUUUGGAAACAUAAACUAUGAUGUUCUUAUAAAGAGGUUUUGUCAGCAUGGAGAAGUAGACAAAGCAGUGGACCUUCUGAACAUAAUGUUGAAGAAAGGGAAUAAUUCCCCCCCAGACAGUAGCAGUUAUGAUUACAUAAUCCAGAGUUUUUGUUGUCAUGACCUCUUGGAUCAAGCUCUGGACUUUCAUGCUGAAAUGCUAUGCAGAAGCCAUACAGCAAACAAAAACACUUGGAGUGCACUUGUCCAAUGCUUGUGCAGGGGACGGCGAGUUGCAGAGGCAGAAACAUUGCUUGACACAAUGGUUCAGAUGGGCGAGACCCCAACCAGGGAAAUGUAUUCCGCUGUGAUUAAUGGGUAUCGCUUUGAGAACAAUUCGAUCAAGGCAUCCCAGGUUUUACACAGAAUGCAGCAAGAUGGAGUUUGUGUGGAUGCCCAGUCACUCCAAGUCCGUGAUGUUUUGUCUUCAACCUUUGGAAUAGUUUAUUAGGGACUAAUGUGACAUGUUUUUAUCUAUAAAAUAGAUCUUGGCUCUAAAGUUUUUAAAAUUUUAUCAAACAGAUUUUUGUUCAUAUUAAAAAUGUGUUCAUUGAAAUCGGGACAUAGAGAUAAUAUGAAGAGCAUCAACCAAAACCACGCAGUCAUACGCCGAAUAUGACAAACCUCGCAAUAAUUGAAGUCACGUAUGAGAAAUGAAACAUCAAUGUAAGCAACAAGCAUACCAUAUAACAUUGAAAAACACAAAGAAGUUCGUUUCACACACUACAUAUCCAGCCACAAGAAAUAGUGACUUCGAAAAAAACCAUCCCAAAUAUUCGGGGGCUUUAUUACAAAAUUCUAAGCACAAACAAGGGACAGCCAAAUGACUGACCUGCUGCAAGGAAACUGAUCU